AUGACCACUUGUUCUUGUCCAAUCGUUUCAUUCGCCCCGUGUCUUCGUCAACGCCUGCCUGCUUGCUGCUGGCACUAUGUACGUGGUAGACGACCGGCGGCGGCAGAGGACGGAAUAUUUUCCGACGUCCGACGUCCGACGUCCGACGUCCGACGUCCAAGGGACGCUCGAGCGAGUCUCUUUGUUGGUGACGAGGCUCGAGACGCUGGUUUGAAAGCCAAGGUUGGGGUUGGAGCUUGGGAAACUCGGCAUGUGAGGCCCACCGCCACCGCCAUCGCCAUCGCCAUCGUCACUUGA